AUAAAACCUCCCUCCUUGCCUUGACUUCUUCAUUCGCAGCAAAGCUUCCCUGAUCCUCUUGCCUAUAGAACUGUGGGUUCUUCUAAACAUUUGGAGAGAUGAAAACUAAACUGGAACAGGCCCUGGAGUGUGUGGUCAACAUCUACCACCAGUAUUGCAUUUUGGACCCUGUUGAUGACUACCUACAUCUGAAAGAGUUCCAGAAGCUAAUGAAAGAACAGGCAAAGCCCUUCCUGAAAAACACCGCUCCACCCAACGUCAGCGAAGACGCUUAUAUCCAGCAAAUGUUUCAAGAAGCCGACAGAGACCGAAGUGGUUACCUCAAAUUCACCGAAUUCCUGAUUGUGGCAGCGGAGGCUCUAGAUGAAGCCCAUGAAAGAUCCCAUGACCUUGACGGGGACAGCAAAAAACCCGGUUGUGGACACAGUCAUUGAUUCUCCAAGCCACCAAAUACUCAAUUACGGCCCCCCACCGGCUCACUCCAAAAAUAACAGCGUCAUCUGUAAUAAUACGAACCUAAGUGGGCAUUAUCAGGUGGCCUUCACUGUCUGAUAUUUUUUUUCUUUGUGGGUGAUAUGAAACAAUAAACAAUCCUUCUGAAAAA